AAAACCUGUAGGAACCCUGGCGGCCGCCCAGAGGCAGAGAGGGGCGGGCCGUCUGAGCCGGGAAGGGCGUUCUCUCUGCGGUCAGGCCGGGCAGAGUCAUCCCGAGGGGUGGGUCCUCCGGCGGCAGAAAAGGAAAGCCCACCUUUUUUCAUUGUUAAGGACGCGGUGGAAUGUGAUGGUUUGAUCUCAAACGGACCAGGGAGGGGAAGAACCAGCGCGAAGGAGCGGGACUGAGGCAGAAUAAACAGCCCCCUCCUCUUCCUCCGGUCCAGCCUGGGAAAUAUGUGGAGCAACUUGUCCCGGUUCGUGUCGGCUGCCGUCCGCCUGAACUUUGUGGAUUAAUCCGAGGUUCUUUUGUGACCCGGCGGGGGAGCCGUUCAGGAUGGAGGGAUUCUGGAGGGGAGUGUAACGUCCUGAAGAAGAAACGUUAAAAUGACAGAUUUGUCUGCUAAACACCAUUUAGAGGCACUUUUGGAGACCUAAACAACCGCAACCAGCCAGGCUGACAAGAGGACCAGGAGAGCGCUUUGAGGUCCUGCUAUCACCGCCACACAGAUGUGGAAGUCCCAAAACGCUGCUUUCCAAUAACCUGGACGUCGAAAACAGAGAGAAAAGAAUCGGAUCUGAAGACGGCAGCCAUGUCGGAUCAUAAAGACAUGACGCACCGCCACUUACGGCACAAGCUGCAGAGUCUUGGCAGGAGGCUGGACGAACUGGAAGAAGCGACCAACAAGCUGCAGAAGUCUGAGGACGAGCUGCUCGACCUGCAGGACAAGAUCAUCCAAGCAGAAGGCAGCAACUCGUCCCUGUUGGGUGAUGUGGAGGCGCUACGGAAACGUCUGCUGAAGAUCCAGGGCAAGGAUGAGGAGGUACGCAAAGCCGAGGACCUCUGCCGCACAGUCCGCGAGAAACUGGAAGAGGAGGAAAACCUCACCAAGGAGCUGAAGGGCGAGAUCGAGCGUCUUCAGCGAAGGAUGGCUGAACUGGAGAAACUGGAGGAAGCUUUUGCUAAAAGCAAGUCUGACUGCAGCCAACUGUGCCUGAGUCUCAACGAGGAGAAGAACCUGACCAAGAAGCUCUCCUCGGAGUUGGAGACGCUCAGAGCGCGCUUGAAAGAAGUCGAAGGCUCCGAGACGAAGCUGGACAAGGCGGAGCAGGCGCUGGCGAAAGAGCUGGAGAAGCUCAAGGCCUUCACUCAGGCGUUUGUCAGCGAGCGGAAGAAGCUGCUUGAGAAGCAAAGAGAGGAUGAGAAGAUCAUUCAGAAGCUUUCAGAGGAAAGAAAAAGUCCAGAUCGUUCAGACUUCAUGACCUCAAGAAUUGAGGACGAACUUUCUUCUACCACGCUCUUCACAAGUAAACUGGCAGGGAAGAAGAACCUUGACUACCUGAAGCUAGCAGAUGAGAAGCUAAGCAUCAUCAACAAGUCUGAGAUCAAGAAGGGCUCGCAGGAGGAAGACAACAAAGUAAAGGAGCUGACUCAGGAAGUGGAGAAGCUGAAGAACCGCCUCAAGCAGAUGGAGGCAGUGGAGGAGGAUCUGAAGAACUCCCAGUUCAAGAACGGAGAGCUUCACGAGAAGUUUCAGGUGGAGCAAAGGCGAUCUCGCCAACUGAGCGAACAGGUGGAGCAGCUCCGGAUGCAGCUGUGUGGAAAAGCUGGGAUUGGGGGUAAAGGAAUCGGGAAUGUCGAAAAACACGGCAAUGGAAGCCCUGCAAAGGUCCUGGAGAAUGGCAAAGCUGAGAACGAGGAGGCGGUAUCGACGGGCUUCAGGCAAGAGAAGCCCAAAUUUAAAAGUUCUGCAGCGUUUACAGAGCCGGGCUCUCCAAAGCACCGGGUCCGGGAGCUUUCCCCUCAGCACAGGAGAGAAACCAUGCUGAGGGGCAAAGGCGAGAGUUCCCCAAAGAUGACGAGGCGGCCUCUGAGUCCUGCUCUGAGGAACAGACGGACUCCCAAAACCACGUCUGCUACCGUUUCUUCAGACAACGGAGUAACGUCUCGAUUCCCUGAGGAACGCCCUAAAGGAGCCUCGCAAACCUCCGAAGUUAAGAAGGCCUCCGUCCUGAGCCGCUACCCUCCAGCUGCUAAUGAACCGAAGCCUCAGAGGUCGCCGUUCAAGCAGACGGACGCCGAGGCGAAGAACAGAGAGAGGUUCUCUAAAGCGUACGGAGGCAGUGACACCGAGUCGAACAACUCUGACGCUGUGCCAGAGAGUGUUGGCGUGAACAACGUGUCUGCAGCGGAGAAGGAGGCGGUGUCCGCCUCUGAUCCGGAACCAACAGACACCGUUCAGGAGUCUUUGGUGUCCAAAGCCAACGGGUCGUACACGGCCUACAGAUCUCACGUCACUCCGCUGCUGCCCAACGACGUCGGCUCAGACAGCCAUUCAUCUGCAUCUGAGACCGAAUCCACCGGCUCAAGACCCUCGGAAGUGGAACCUGUAGCUGAGACGAUUAGCGCGUCGGUGAGCAGCAGGACGACCAGCUCCAGGUACACCAGAUACCCUCACGUCCACGACUCGCAGUCGGAGGGGUCUUCCUCCAGGAGCUCCUUCGACGAGGAGUUGUUCAGCAGGGCGCAGCCGGCCGACGGAGGAGGCCGCCACACUCCCGUCCAGACGCCGUCGUCCAUCGAGAUCCAGAGAGUCUGCAGCCCCCGGGAGGCGCUGAGGUCAAAGGCCGUCAUCAAGCCCGCGAUUGUUGAGAUCGACAGGAAGGAAGUCAUGAUUUCAGAGUCCUUGUCAACAAACGGCAAACCCAAGAUCUCCACCAAGCCGAUUGUGAGCAGCAGCAGCAAAAUGACCAGCAGCAUCACCAUCUACCCCAGUGACCCCAGUUCCUCCAGAACCAGCAGCCGCAGCAGCAGCUUAUCCAGCGAGCCGAUGCCGGUGAAGGAGCGCCACACGUCGACCAGCAACUUCGUCAUAGGACCCAGCAGUGACCACCGCGGCAGCAUUUCCAUCCCGUAUGAGAUUUCCAUCCCUAAGAGUGAAAUCGCUUUGCGGCCGUGCCAAGACCAGGACUGUGGCGACGGCGAGCGCAGCGACGGGCCGACGARGUCCAAACUCCACAGCGCCUCCAGGCUGGAGGCCUCCAGCAGCCAUGUGAGCCACCAGCGCAGCGGCGGCGGCCGGCGCCGGUCCUCGGACUUCAACGACACUGAGUCGGGCUUCGAGAGCGGCAGCAGCACGGCGACGGUGACCAGCUGGAGGAGCCAGAGGCAAACCGAGCUCUCCGCGGACGACGCAUCAUCAGACACGAAGAACGUGACCGUGAGGAGCACCUGGAGGAACAAGGCGAGCAAGGCGCUGAUGGACGUCGGGUCCGAAGACGAAGCAGAGACGGCGACAACAUGGAGGGCGUACCGGGCGACCACCUUUGACUCGGAGGAAGCUGUGAACAACGCAGCGCCGCAGAAAGGAACUAAACCAGCAGAGGCGUACAUGCGGCGGUACAACAGCGCGACAAGCGCUAAGGAAGCAGAAGAACUGAUGCUGCGCCGAGACCGGAGGUCCGAGUCUCCGGUUACGGAUGCAGGAAUUCUGGGAAGGACCAUUCCCCAUGCACCAGUUACCUCCCAGUCCUGGAGCCGGUCGUACUCCCAGGCACCACUGGCUAAAGACGCCCCGGACCCGGCUGUGAACCCGUGCAGCAGCCCGGCCUCUUGGAGGCGCCACCCGCCGCCCGGCGCCUCCUACGACCGGCUGACCAAGGCGGGUGGCGCCGCGACCCGAGGCGGGGAGCCGUGGUCCGGUAGAGGCCCGGCGCCGGCGACCCGGACGGAGGGGAGAACCGGAGCGGGAAGCAGAACCUGGAGCCACUGUCAGUCGGAGCAUCGCUAGGCUGGAAGCAGCUCUCCGUUCAGCUCUGAGCCAGCUUUCCAGCAGCCAUGCGAUCCGAUCACCUGCGCCAAGUGAACUAAAGAAAACAUCUUAGAGCAGCUGAGGCUCCGCCCCCUGCUUCCUCUUCUACUUCCUGUUGGAUGUUAUGAUGU